AGAAGAAAGCAAAUACGCGUAUACGUACUUAGUAAUAUAUAAAGAAAGAAAAUGAUACUAUACGUAAAUUAGAAAUAAAAAGGAAAAUCUCUGUCUCUCUCUUUCUCUUUCUGAGAGAAAUUUCUGAUUCUGUUUCUAUUCUCGUUAGUAAAAUCUCUCCUUAUUUUCUCUCUUUUUUCAAGUCUCCAGUUUCACUUCUCAAUUUGCUCUCAAGAUUUCAAGGACUCCUGGGGCAUAAUUUUACAUAGUGAACUGUUGUAAAUUUGGAUUAGAAUUCAGUUUUUCCAUAGCGUGCGUUUGAUUAUGUUGUAAAACUACGAAUUAGGGUUUUAGAUGCUAUCUAAUUAUUUGUCAUAAUGUGUCUGUUACUUUUAGUAAACCAAAUAAUCAAAACUAAAUGUGUAUUUAUUUUGGUUAGUUUUGGUUUUGGAGAAUUUGAAGAAUGAUCGAAUAGUAAGUAGAAGGAGAAAGGAGAGGAGGAGGAAAGAUAACUAUUUUUGGAACGCAAAUUUGAUAUAUUUUUUAUGGGCAAUAAGUUGGGAAGGAGAAGGCAAGUGGUGGACGAGAGGUAUACGCGUCCACAAGGGUUGUAUGUUCAUAAAGAUGUGGAUAUUAAGAAGCUAAGAAAGCUGAUACUUGAAUCAAAGCUUGCACCAUGUUAUCCAGGCGAGGAAGAGUGCUGUUGUGAUCUUGAAGAAUGCCCAAUUUGCUUUUUGUAUUAUCCAAGUCUCAACAGAUCAAGAUGUUGCAUGAAAAGUAUUUGCACAGAGUGUUUUUUGCAGAUGAAGAAUCCUAAUUCGAAUCGUCCUACCCAGUGUCCUUUCUGCAAAACCUCAAACUAUGCUGUGGAGUAUCGAGGUGUGAAAACAAAAGAGGAAAAAGGGAUAGAGCAAAUUGAAGAACAACGUGUCAUAGAAGCACAAAUUAGAAUGAGGCAGCAGGAACUUCAGGAUGAAGAAGAAAGCUUCCAGAAAAGACAAGAAUUGAGUUCUUCAAGCACUGGUGUUGCACCAGGGGAAGUUCAAUAUGGUUCAGUUGCAGCUCGUUCCUCUGGUGAGGAGGAAAUAGUUUCUUCUCUAGAUUUGCAGGCUUCUUCAACAAUUAGACAACCCUCCCAUCCUCGGGCAAAUAGGGAUGAUGAGUUUGACAUAGAUCUUGAGGAAAUAAUGGUCAUGGAAGCAAUUUGGCAAUCAAUUCAGGAGAACAACAAACAGAAAAUUUCUAACCAUGGAGAUGCUGCUUCUUCCAUACAAUAUGCUUCAGGAGAUCGCUUUAUCUCACCAGCAAUGGCUACAGUGGCUGGUUCAUCAUCAUCCCCGUCUGGUGGUCUUGCUUGUGCAAUAGCUGCCCUUGCUGAGCGUCAGCAGAUGGGUGGAGAAUCUUCUGUCAACCAUAAUGGAAAUAUGCCAGCAUUCAAUGUGCUUCCCAGUAGUAGCAGAAGGUUUUAUAAUAGGUUGGACCGAGUUGCUGAGAACUAUCCUCCUGCAGAGAGUCCGGUUGAUAUGCCAGCUGAUGGGGGGAUGACACCAGCAAGAGAUGAAGGGGAAUGGGGCAUAGAUCAUGGGUUAGAGGUGGCUGAAGCAGGGACUAGCUAUGCAAGCUCUGAUGUGACAGAAGAUGCUGGUGGGAUCUCUACAAUACCACAACAAGAUGAAAUUCGGGGCAGCUUUCAUAAUUCCCCCAGACCCAUUGUUCCAGAAAGUUACGAGGAGCAGAUGAUGCUGGCUAUGGCUGUAUCUCUGGCUGAAGCUAGAGCUAUGACACGUGGCCCUGGAGUUUCAUGGCAAUAGUUUUAUACCCAAGCUACCCGAGAUUGUGUUUCUCGAAUAGAUGAUGCUGGCCAUGGCUGUUAGCUAGCUACGUCUCGAGCUGGGACAAAAUGCAAAAGUAGCUCCAUUGCAACCAGUUUAAAGAUCAAGGUAGUGAUGAUCCUUUCCUCUUCCUCACACUAUGUCAUUCCAUAUAUAGAUGUUAAAAAAGUAAACAGAUUAUUCUAGCAAAUGAAAGGUUGUUUGUUUAUCCUA